CCGCCUUUCUCAGUCUGCUCGUAAUCUCCGUCGACUCAACGAUGACCGGUGACCAACGGAGAAUGUCCAUAGACGGCGAGAACGUGCAGAUCACAGUUUAUCAAAGAAAUGCGCUUGUUGCACCCAUUUUGUCGGAACAAUGCAUGACUUGCUAAUGACUGUGUUACGUGCUCCUUGCACCACAACAACGCCCUAAAGUUAGAUGAUGACAUUUGAAAUCAAACAAAUCUGGCGGCAUUAAGGAGGCUGCCAAGUUGAAUAAACAUUGCCCAUCAACUUGUAUUGAGAAGAUUCACCUGCUGAAAUCAGGACGAAACAAACAAAGGAGUUGGGGCCUGCCUUCUUUGAGAAUGAAGGCCACUUGGAGGAAAGUUGAAGAUUUCCAAAUGCUUUUGGUUUUAUCCCCAUGCCUGAACGUGACAGUUCACUUUGAGUAUUCUGUUUAUUUUUUUUAGUAUUCUGUUAGCUUUUGUCAAAGCUGCAAGUUAUCUUGUAGUUGUGCAUUAAUUUUCAAGAACUACUAGAGGCUAGAUGCGCAAGACAGUUGUAUUUCUUUUUAGAUUCACAUCGGAAGAGAGCAAACAUGGAUGUAACUAAGAGGAAAAACUUUGUCAAGUUUCAUGCUAACCAACUUGAUCUGUGGGAGCAAACAUGCUCUUUUUGACAUUGGAUCCGAUUACAUUAUUGAAGGUCCUCAAGUUUGUUUUUAUGUAUUUGUGUUUGUUAAGUCUAGUAGGGGCAUGUAAACAGGCGUACUUAUUGAACAAAUGGCAUGUAAACCGGAGUUGAUCUUGUGGUUGGGAAAUAAUUGAGGACUGCAUUCAAGAUAUCUGAGAUUUUUAUUUAGUCACUGCCUUAUUUUAUUUUAUUUUAUUUUUCUAAUCCAUUUGACUGCUCGCACUUGGGAUAUGGGAGAGUCAUCUUCUUCUGCAAGAUAUGCUGCAAUAGUGAGGUUGGCUAAGGGUUUCGCUGACUUGCUAUUAUGUUGCUAGGAAGGGUCCAGGUGGCGGAUAUUGGUCUGCUGCUAUCUAUCAGUCCUAAGGCACUAGCUGUGCAUGAUCCAUCAAAGUUCAAUCAAGGAGGUCAGAUUAAUUCCUCUGUUUUUGCUGGCGACCGCGACACGAUGCAAAAUGGAGCUGCUGAGGCAGUUAUCUGCAAUUCCAAGAAACUUCAAGAUGCAAUGCAGGAGAUUGGUCUGAAAAUUAAACACCAUGAAGAUAAUAUCAAAUUCUUAAAGGCUCAGAAGAAUAUAUUGGAUGAUUCAAUUCUAGACACACAAGUUGCUCUUGGCAGGUAUCAAUCAGCAAGUGAACCUGGCUCUCAAAAUAACGAAUCUUCCAAUAGGCGGAAUGAGGAGGAGAUCAUUGAACAAAUUCUAAAACAUGAUAAAUCUGCAGCUGGCAUCUAUUGCCAGCUGAAAACUCAUCAUGGACCUCAGGUUACUCAUCUUCCGUUACUGAAGGACGUGAUAGGAAUUGUUGCUUUGCUUGGGAAGGUUGACGAUGAUAAUCUCAGCAGGUUGCUCUCAGAUUAUCUGGGGCUAGAAACCAUGUUAGCAGUUGUUUGCAAGACACCUGAUGGAAUUAAAGCACUGGAAACUUAUGAUAAGGAAGGUUUUAUAAACAAAAGUUCGGGUCUCUAUGCCCUUGGAGCUUCAAUUGGUAGGGCUUUGGAUGCCCGAUUUGUUGUUAUCUGUCUUGGGAACUUAAGACCAUAUGAAGGUGCAUUCAUUGCUGAUGACCCUCAGAGGAGGCUAGCUUUAAUGAAGCCAAGAUUGCCCAAUGGGGAAACUCCUCCUGGUUUCCUUGGUUUUGCUGUUAAUAUGAUCAAUAUUGACAGUGCGAACUUAUAUUGUGCUACAAGCACUGGUCAUGGCUUGAGAGAGACUCUCUUCUAUAAACUCUUCUCACGGUUGCAAGUAUACAAAACAAGGACAGAGAUGCUGCAGGCACUAACUGUCAUAACACAUGGAGCCAUAUCUUUGGAUGGUGGGAUCAUAAAAAGUAAUGGUGUAUUUGCCUUAGGCUACAGUGAAGUAGAGGUCAAAUUUCCAAAGAGUUCCGGAAGGUCAAAUCUGCCUGAAAACUAUUUUGAUACUGAGAGCCGGUUGAAAGAGCUGAAGUGGAAAAGGGAUAGAUUUCUGGAAGAUUUACAUAGAGAACAAACAUUGCUGGACCAUGCAAAGUUCAACUUUGAAAUAAAGAAGCAGGAGUUUGUCAAGUUUCUUGCGCAUAGCUCAUCCUUUGCUACCCCGCAAAAGUUUCCGGCAGGAGGGGAGCAGUCUACCCCGAUAUCAUGAAUGAUUGCGUGGGAAAUUUCAGACCAAUUCUAGUAUUAGACAGGAGGAAAAGCUUUAUCAGUUAAUUCAAAGCUACAGCUUUAAUUUAUAGUCCGGACAAUGCUCUCUUGGAUCACAAGGAUUAUAUGUGCAGUUAUAUGGUAUCCUUGUUUGGGUCAAUUUCAGAUUUGGGUGCAGACUUAUGUCUGUCUGAUUAUUCUUUAGGUCAAUUUUCAAAAUGGAUCGUUCAUUUAGGACAGGGUACCCUUUUCUCCUUAUCCCUUCUUUUAGGUAUAGAAUGUGCAUCAACUGUACAGUCGUGUUAGCUUGCAAAUUCUCUUGAUACUUGAGGUUGAAAAAUAUGCUGUUUCCUUGGCCAUAGUGCUAAAUUUUAUCCAA